AUGCAUGAUACGGAUACCCAGACGACUUUCAACCUGGUCCCCUUGGCAAGCUCCGCGAGAGUUCUUGCGCCUGGUAUACCAUUGGUCAUUGGCCACCAGAAAAAAAGACAACAAGAAAUAAGGGUGGCUAGGAGACGACAGGACACCAGGUCAACACUUCAACAACGGUCCAGUGGCGGUCGUCCGACGAUCCCCUUCAUCCACUACGGUGCAGGUAUCACGGUAAACAAGUUGCGGUCCCCAAGCGUACCAUUGGCUCCGCGGGGACUGCCAGUAGUCAACGGGGGACGGGACUGGGCCGUUUGGACAAGCUUCUUGUGGGGUUGGGUUUAG